AUGCAACAUCCCGAGGGAGUGCCAGACGACUCCGACCUCGACUCGAACGCCCCGCUCCUCCCCACCACCGCACGAACUGAUGAAGAACGCAAGGACCCUUCGCACGCCCGGUACCGCUUCGCCUGGGCUUGGGCGGUGUUGGGAACGUUCGCUAUCGGUCUAUUGUGGCUGGCGUUUGGGCAGGCAUACCUGGACAGGCGUGAAGACGAGGCGAGGAAGGGCGACCCUGGGUUCCCCUCUCGAAUCGGCUUCGAGGGUCCCACACCGACUGGAGGCGAAGCCUUUGCCGCCGCGACGUCCUACCCACACAACUUCGACUCCUCACCUCUCAACCCUCCUCCCUCCCUUGCUACCGAGGAGUUCAAUCUCCUACACUACCUAGGCAACCUCUCUCCCUGGCGGACCGUCAAUCACGGCCUGAAGAGCACAGCGCAAGUCCCGGACGGCUGCGUCGUCGAACAGGUCCAGCUCCUACACAGACAUGGCGCUCGGUAUCCGACGUCAGGAGCCGGCACCGAGUCGUUCGCCAAGAACGUCGUGGGUGUAGAGGGCUUCAAGGCAUCUGGCAACCUCACGUUCCUCAACGACUGGAAGUACCGCCUAGGCGCCGAGAUUCUCACGCCCUUCGGGCGUGAACAGCUCUUCAACCUCGGCGUGUCGUUCCGCACGAAGUACGGUCACCUCCUCAAGCCGGGUCAGAAGCCCGUCUUCCGAACGGAAAGUCAGGAUCGGAUGCUCAAGUCGGCGCUGAACUUUGCGGCUGGCUUCUUCGGAGUCCCAUACGAGGAGCAGUACCACCAGCUUAUCACGGUCGAAUGGCCCGGCUUCAACAACACUCUCGCGCCCUACAUGACCUGCAAGAACGCCAAUCGCAUGGACUUGACGCGAGGCCCUCAGAAGAUGGCAGAAUGGAUCAAGAUCUACCUUGCGGACGCGCUUGAGCGGAUGCAAGCGCAGGUCGAGGGCGUCAAGCUGACGCAUCGAGACGUCUUCAACAUGCAACUCCUCUGCGCCUACGAGCUCGUCGCACUCGGUGGAUCGGCCUUCUGCCCGCUCUUCACGGAGGACGAGUGGCGCGGCUUCGAGUACGCGCACGACAUCGAGUUCUUCGACAUCUUCUCUUUCGGUCAAUCCGCACAGGCCGCAGUCGGCAAGGGCUGGGUGCAAGAAUGGCUUGCGCGCACGCUGAACCAGCCGCUCUCCGAGUUCAAUUCGACGACCAACUCGACCUUGCACACCAGUCGCUACUUCCCGCUCGACCAGAACAUCUAUGUCGACGCCACACACGACACAAUCGUCUCCGCCGUCAUCGUCUCGCUCGGCUUCUCCUCGUUCGCUCGCUCCGCCCCUCUCCCGACUGAUCAUAUCCCGCACGACCUUUCCUUCGUCACCUCCUCCAUCUCUCCCUUCGCGGCCAACCUGCAUUCGCAGGUUCUGUCCUGCCCCGACUCGCCACUCGCCAAGCCCGGUCGCUCGCGCUUCGUUCGCUGGAUACUGAACGAUGGCGUGGUCCCGCUCGACAGCAUCGACGGGUGCGUGGCCAACGAGGAAGGCAUGUGCGAGCUGGACGCCUUCGUGCGAGCGACGCAGCGGCGACUGGAGGAGAUUGAUUGGGCGUACGAUUGCCUCGGCCACUACAAGCUUCCGCGCGAACCUAUCAGAGAUGGACGCCCGCCACAUUCCUAG